GGAAUUUCGAUUUUCCUCGACAACGGCGGCAAGCACGGUGAUGUUCCGCUUAAAUCGUGUCGUAGCCAUUUUCGGUGCAUCUUCGGGAAUUGAGAUGACUCGCCACUCUCUCGUCCAGAGGGCUAAAUCACAACUAGCAAAAGCCAACUGCCGAGAGAGGCUAUCGCCAGUUCUUAAAUAUGUCAUCGGUCGGUCGCUGACGAUGACUAAGCACUCUCUCCAGACGCCUAAGUUAGCAAAAUUACGCUUCCCAACGUCACAAGUGGGCUAUCGGCAAUUUUGAAAAUCGCUAGAUAUGUCAUUGCUUACUCUUUCAACGUUACAAAUAGGCUAUCGCCAAUUUUGAAAAUCGCUAGAUAUGUGUGUCAUCAAUCGGUCGAAAUACAAGGCUCCACUGCUGCCUGAAUCGACCCCUUGUCCAUGCAACAAUACACUUCAACGAACACGACUCGGUCAAGUUCGCAAGUUCGCUUCUGAUUUUUCGAAAAAGAGCAUCGUAUAAUGACCUCUGCUACCUACAAGAACAAGUUAGAAGUACAACUCGAGAAUAGCUCAUCAUGAUAGUUGCGCUCCUUCUGUGUUAUAGAGCAACUACAUUGUAACAAGAAACGUGUCGUUUCUAUGUAUAACUUAUAGAGCAUGAGCAACAAGAAGAAGAAACGUGAGGUCGUAUUCAAGAAGAACAUCUCAAAAAAAGUUGCAAGAAUUACAAAGACAUUCUUGGAAAGUGCAAUUACAAGUUUCAAGAAAAUGCGUGGUGGUUCUCAUGCAAAUCGAGGAGGUAGCUCCUCGACAUUCAUCACCGGAACCGACAUCACGGAAAACGAUGCACUCCUACCAUUCGUACCGCGUGGUGGAGUCAGAUUAGUUAUGAAAGGAACCCGAUGUUCUUGAUUUUGAUAAUCCUACUAGUAAUACUAGUAUCAAUAAUCCUACUCGAGAAGGCAGGUAAAACUGUGGACGGCGGACCCAAUCCUAAUCCUACUAGUAAUAGUAUCAAUUAUUAUAAAAAUCCCCGACAUGAUCUUGAUUUUCCUAAUACGACUAGUAUCAACUCUAAUCCUCGACAUGAUUUUUAAUUAUCCCACCUACUGCGUGUUGAUCUUAUACUUCCACAACAAUCUAUCUCAUAUGUUCUUGUAGCUACUUGGCUUCGUCGUCCACUUUUUUUUUCAUCCAUAUAGAAGGGUAGCGCGAGCGACCCAGAAAUGAUGAACUAACCCUCCCCCCGGGACCCUUUCAUACCCCAACCACGCGGCGGCCCACCUCCUUCUCGCUUAUCGGAGCCACAAUCCUCUUGGCAGUUGUCUGUCGACGUGAACAAUAGACCUAGCUUGGUUCUGGGCAAUACCGCAGAUAGUCUCGAUGAUUAAGGCUAGUUUUUCGCGAGUGCAUGUGGACGAUCAUUCAUUAUGCUGAGUGAAGUGCCCCUCUACUUAGUUUUCAGGGAGGGAAACCAGAGCGAAAAAUGGUGAGGGCAACUCAACACUCAAUCGCGGCGAAUAGUGAAAGACCCUCAACACUCAAUCGCGGCGAAUCAAUAGUGAAAGAUCAUUAGGAUUAACACUCAACCGCGAAUCGCGGCGAAUAGUGAAAGAUCAUUAUGGCGCUAAGAUGAAAUGGAACAGCUGAGGAAAAUGGUAGCCAGAACGCGGAAGAAGCUAGACAACAGAAUGAGCGAGAUGAAGACCUGGAGGAAGGACAUCGAUUCGAUGCGCAAGGAGUUCCGGAAAGUAGGCAGCAUGACAGGCAACGAAGCCUUAAUAGUAGAUAGCGAGGAUGAAGACGAGCAUGGUCGUUAAGGACUACAUUUAGAAGUGUCCAUCUUUCUCGGCAUGAUCAUCUCGGUUGUACCCUUGUAGUUUUCCCUUGUUGUAUUAUUCCUAUGAAACACUUACUCAAGAAGGUUGUACAUGUACUAAAAGGGGUCAAGUAGAUGAGGGGGCCGUCGAGAUGCAUCAAGCUAGCAGACUCUAAGAACACGGAGAUCAUGGCGGUCGUGAAGACAAGAGGCUAAGUAGAGACGCUGACAGGGAUAGGCAAGAAAGGCUAGAGGGAGGAGGUGGAAGUGGGUCAUCAACAUCGUCAUCUUCAAGUAGUGGCCUUUUGCAACUCGGAGGUGGAUCGAAUAAACAUCCACUAGCGCUGACAAAUCAAGAGAGCACGCUGACGUCAACAUCAUCUGCUAGUACUUCCAAACUCCUAGGUGCCGGCGUUGUAGGCAAAAUGAGGCGUGGCUCUGGUCGCUUACCCCCAUUGGGAGAAACUCCUACCUCUACGAGGAGCAGCUCUUCAGCUAAGGAGAUGAAUAAUUAUAGUACCAAUAGUACCAAUCUUCAUGCACCAUCCUCUCAGUUUGCGCUGUUGCAGGCUAGGGCAGAUGCCGCAGGAGCAGGCGGGGCCGCGCCGUCGAGUCGACGCUCGUCGUUUUCCUCCUCACACUCCUCGAAGAGGAACAGCGCUCCAUCUGUGCCAAGGUUUUUGCGGUGAUCAUAGAAAAGGGUUUCGGGUUACGGUGGCAGGUCUUUGAACUGCACGAACUGUGAUGAACUCUUUUUUCUACUUUCGUAAGUUUUUUAUCAACGAUCAGAAGAUAUGAAGUCGAUCUAGUACAUCUACAACGUCCUGCAUACAACAGAUACAUCAGGCUGCUACAAUGACGAUCACGUACUCUUUUUUGUCGAUGCACAGAAAUCGAAAAGCACCUGCUUCAGGCUGAAGAGUGAUAU